AUGUACGCUCCCCGACGUGAACCACCCAGAGACCCGUCCGUGACAAAUGAACUGACCUCGUCUCCCACGCAAACAGCUCUCUCGGACGAGGGGGCGCAGAAGCGGUUCCGAAGCGGCCUGUUCGACAAGUCCGUGUUGGACUCGUACACCCGUGAAUAUGCCACUUCUUCACCGUACAAGCACGCUGUGAUCCAUGAGCUCGUCGACGACAAAUUGUUGCGCUCUGUGCGAGACGAAGUGCGCGACAACGUACAAUUCACCCCCAAGGAGACCGACAUUUACAAGAUUCACCAGUCCGGAGACUUGGCCAACCUGGAUGGCCUCGACGACGAGUCCUUGGCCAAGCUGCCGUCUUUGUUGGCCCUCCGAGACGCCAUUUACUCCGAGACGUUCAGAGACUACGUGUCCAGCAUCACCGGCUGCGGCCCGUUGAGUGGUAGGAAGACUGACAUGGCAGUCAAUGUCUACACGCCGGGCUGCUUUCUGCUCUGCCACGAUGAUGUCAUUGGCAGUCGCAGAGUCAGCUACAUCCUGUACCUGACCGAUCCCGACAAGCCGUGGCAGCCGGAAUGGGGCGGUGCUCUGCGCCUGUUCCCCGUGCAGGAGAUUGUGGGCAAAGAUGGCGAGGUUGCCAAGACGCCGCUGCCCGACGCCGUCAAGGUGAUCCCACCGGCCUGGAAUCAGCUCAGCUUCUUUGCUGUCCAGCCGGGCGAGAGCUUCCACGACGUGGAGGAGGUGUACCACGCCGAGUCCAAGGAACAGCUCGACGAGGACAAUGGACGAGUUCGCAUGGCCAUCAGCGGCUGGUUCCAUAUCCCCCAGAUCGGAGAGGAGGGCUACAUCGAGGGUGAGGAGGAGAAGAACGCCAAGAACAGCAGCCUGAUGCAGCUUCAGGGCAACCCGGCGCAGUACGACGCGCCCCAAGCCAAGCCCGUCAGGAUCGCGAACCCCACGUCCAGCCAGGGCGAUUUCGAAGAGGCCGACUUGGAAUUCCUGCUCAGGUACAUCGCGCCGACGUACCUGACGCCCGACACGCUCGACCAAGUCUCGCAGCACUUUGGGGAAAACUCCAGCAUCACCUUGUCAGACAUACUGUCCAAGAAGUUUUCCCGGCGACUAAAGCACCACAUCCAGGAGCAGGAGGAGCAGGCCCUCCCGCGAGAUAGCAAAGCCAUCGAGAAAGCCACGCCCUGGAAGGUGUCCAAGCCCCCUCACAAGCACCGCUACCUGUACCAGCGACCCAGCGAACCGGACCAGCUGCGCACGUCACAGGAGGAAUCCCCCAUCACUGAGCUCCUCGACAUCCUCCUGCCCAGCAGGCAAUUCCGCCACUGGCUCCAAAUCGCCACGGGGUGCACCGUCGAAAGCCACGACCUUGUUGCGCGCCGCUUCCGCCGCGGUUCCGACUACACCCUCGCCACAGGCCACGACGGCAAGCCCCGGCUCGAGAUCGGUCUCGGCAUGACGCCAACCACCGGCUGGGGAGACGAUGACCAAGAGGCCAAGGAGGAGCCCGAGGCAAAAGGCGAAGGCAAAGGCAAAGGCAAGGCCAAAUCCGUGGAAGAACCACCAUCCAAACUGGCAGGGGAAGACGACCAGGUCGGUGGCGUGGAGAUCUACAUGGCCGGCGACGACGACGACGUCGACGACGAAGAUGCCGCCGUGUACAAGUCGUCGAGUGAUGACGACAACAUCCUCUUCUUCCAGGCUGCGUCGUGGAACAAAUUGACAAUCGUGCUGCGGGACCGCGGCGCCCUCAAGUUUGUCAAGUACGUUAGCAGGAAGGCCAAGGGCGACAGGUGGGAUAUCUCCGGCGUCUUUGAAAUAGGAAACCUCGACGGCGAAGAUGGCGACGGGGACGAGGGCAACGGUGAGGGUGCCGCCGGUCCUGCGCUGGGCGAGUCGGGCGACGAGGAUGUCUUCAAUGGGUUUUCGGACACGGAGGGAAGCGAGUCCGAUUAA